AUAGUAGUAGUAUUAAAUUCAAUUUUAUUCAAUGCAGGAGGCUGAAGAUCAUUGUUCGCCGACACCAUGUGUUGAAGGAAGCUGUUUAAAUACACCUGGCGGCUAUUACUGUCAUUGCCCGGCCAGUCGAGCCGGACGCCAUUGUGAAUUGCUCGCAACACCAUGUAAAUCACCACCGUGUUAUGUCGGUUGUACAGUUUCAAAUUCAACGAUUCCAUGUAAUGGUCACGGGAAAUGCGAAACAAAAGAGAACGAUCAAAGUUGUUUGUGUUACUAUGGAUUCACUGGACCUUAUUGUGAACACAAUUUAAACGAUUGCUUACCUAAUCCAUGCAAAAAUAACGGAAUGUGUUUAGACGGAGAUGGUAAAUUUACAUGUAAAUGUGCUCCUGGAUGGUCAGGAAAAACAUGUACAGAGAGAAUAACGCAAUGUUUUAGCGGUCAAUGUUCGAAUGGCGGUUCAUGUGCACCAACUAUAAUUGGCGGUGAGGCUACUUCAGUUUGUAUCUGUGCCAAUGGAUGGGGUGGCGCUUUUUGUGUAGAAUCGAUUGAUCAAUGUCAAGGACAGCCUUGCCAUAAUGGUGGAACAUGCGAAUCGGGACCAGGAUGGUUUCGAUGUGCCUGUGCUCAAGGAUUUUCCGGUCCCGACUGUCGUAUCAAUGUUAACGAAUGUUCACCACAACCAUGUUUAGGUGGUGCAACUUGUAUCGAUGGCAUUGGUGGAUUUACUUGCAUUUGCCCCAAAGGAAGACGCGGACUUAGAUGCGAAAUACUGCUAUCUGAUCCGUCAUCGGUUUGUUUGAAUAGUACAUCACUUUCACCAUAUAAUGCAAUCGCCGCCGAACCGCAAGAGGACCAACUUGACGAAACGAAUUGUAAUUCAUGUAUUUGUGUGAAUGGAAAGCCAAAAUGUUCAAAUAUUUGGUGUGGCUUAAAGAAUUGUUUGCGCUCGAAUAUAACAAACGGAUGUGAUUCGCAUGAAGUAUGUGUUCCAUUGACGCUACAUGAAAGUUGUUUAUCACCACCAUGUAUACCGAGAGGUGAUUGUCGAAAUUUGGAACCAUCACGACGUGUUGCUCCACCAAAGCUACCAGCUCCUACUGAAUGUUGGCCAAAUCAAGCCAUUCUCGAUGAAAAUUGUGCGCGCAUAACAAUUCUGCUACAAAAUCAAAUAAUACAACCAGGAACAUCGGUUGAAGGUAUUUGCUUGAGUUUGCGAACAUUAUUAGGUACGAGACUUGUGAAAGUUACAGCCGAUAUGCAGCCACCACUUUUAGUGCUUUUAUGCGAUUUGAAAAUAGGAACAAAUGAUACCAUCGAAGUUACAAUCUCGUCUACAUCAAAGAAUUCUGAGUACAUUGCGCAAGCGGUAACCAUUCUUGGUGAAUUGCUUUCACGUGGCAGUUCAUUGGGAACAACAUAUUCAGCAGACGAAAUCGAAGCAGCACCAUUGGCUGCAAUCUUGGAGGUUAAGGUUGAAACGGCACUUGUAACAACUGGACGGGGUCGAUCUGGAUUUAUAUUGGUGAUUGUUUGUGCAACGGCUGUUGCAGCUUUGGUACUUGGAGCGUUUGGUGCAUUGUUUUGGCGUCGUCGAAUGUUCAAUGCUAAUGGAUCGGGCGUUAAUCUUUCGCCAAAUAUUGAAAUCUCUCGUCAUGACGAAGAAAAAUCGAAUAAUAUUCAAAAUGAAGAGAAUUUCCGUCGUUUGGCCAAUCCAUUAAAGGGUAGUGCAUCAUCCUUAAGUGGAGCUAUGGAAUUGAGCAUGCACCCAACGCCGGAUGUUGUGUCAGUGAUUUCGCUCGGCGAAGGAUCAAGUGCGAUAUAUCCAUGCGAUAGUGGUGACUUUGAUCCAAUUGAACCGAAAUUGAAAUCAAAUCGAGGAUCUCAAAUACUAUACAAAGUGCAAAAUAUUGAUAUGCGCAAAAAUACGGUCGGUUCGAUAGAAAGUCCGCAUAAAGACUUUGAAAUUCAAAUUGAAUCACCAACGAAAAGAACGCGUGUAACAUCGUUUUGAUGUGUUUGCCAACUGUUUCACAAUAUGAAAACAAACAAAAAAUUUAUGCGUUCAAGCAAUACCGAAUAAGAUGAAAAACAUUGUCCGUCCAAUAAUCUAUCUUUAUUUCAUUCUAAUAAAAAUUUAUUGCACCUAUUGAAUAAGAAGACAGCAUUUCUCCCUCCCAGCAAACUAUAUGUGUACAUUUGAAAAAAAGUAUUGCUUGACGGUCCAGUGUGAUAUUAAUUAUAAACAAUAUUUUAAAGUUGUGAAAAAAAACUGCAAAUAAAAAAAAUAAAAUAUAAAAAGAAAGAAACGUUUCAAUUUUGUAAAAGAAUUGUCAGAACACUUAAUUUAUAAUAAAAAGGAAAGUAUACAAAAAAACCAGAUAUAAUAUAUUAUGUUUUGUUGUGUACCUUCGGCAACAAUUCUUGGCAUUUAAGUAAAUGAACAAACAAACAAAAAAUAAUCCAAUUUAUUUAGCAAAAAUGAAAAUAUAUUAAAGUAGAUUUCAAUUGAAUGAGGGAGAUUUAGAUUGACAA